CUACCACAGUUCAUGAAAUGGAAGUCGUGGUGUGGCUGUGUUUCACUCUUCUGCUCCGUUCUCUUGGUCAAAGCUAUGGGCAUACCCAGUUCAUUUAUACAGAGGAGAAAGAAUUAAAGUUGAGAUGUGAAACAAAGAAAUGGCAAAUAAGUACAGAGUCUGACAACCAGAUUGACCUGAACUGCACAGUAAAAUGUGACCGCAAUGAAAUUCGUGACCUUGAGUGUGAUGAUGAUGAUGGUGAUGAUGAUGAUGGUGAUGAUGACUCACAGCCAAAGCAUGCUUGCAAACUAAUAGUAAAGAGUGGAUUCUUUGCCUGUGUUAAUUCUCUGGAUGCUGGAUUCCUUUUUCCAUUCAAACCGCCUCCCAACGCCAUCCAUUCGUUCAUAGUUGCUGUUCAAAAUAAAGACAUAACACCCACACCUGAGGAACCAUCUUCACUGACAGUACCUGAAGGUGAAUCAGUGAGUUUAAACUGUAGUUUCACCUUCACAGAAGAAUAUGAUGGGGUGUCUUUUGUUGUUUACUGGAUUAAGACUGUUGGAGAGAGCAGCACCUGUGUGUAUUCUUAUGAUUAUUCCCCGUAUGAGCUGCUCGCGCUCGGUCACCACUGCACCAUACAGGAAGAUCUGCUUAACAGACUCUCAAACCAAACCAAAGGACAGAGCAGUCACAACAUCAGGAUCAGUGAAGUGAUGGAGUCAGACAGCGGUCAGUACCUCUGUGCUGUACAAGUGCACCCAAGUAAUAAAAACACUGCUGAAGGAAACUGGAAGGUGAUAGAAAGAGUUACAGUCAGUGUCCACAAAGACAAAAGACCACAGCCAACCAGGACCACCGUGACUCAGACAACUACUGAGGAGACAACAAAGAAAACCACUGAGGAAACAACAAAGGAAACUCCGGAGAAAGUUAGUGAUGUUGAUCGUCUUAAGCCCUUAUAUGUUGCACUUCCCAUAAUACUGUGUCUUCUGCUGAUUGUCUUGGUCGUGUUCAUGAGAAAGAAGUGCAUCACAUCACAAGGACGUCAGACUGGUCAACAAAGAGAAGAAGUUCCUGACAUGGACUGUUCUCCAUAUGCUGUUGGAAAUGGUGAGGAGGGGAGUUUCUUUGGAUCUAAGACGGCUGAUCCAGGCCGUGAAGAAUCCACACCGUCUAUUGACCCUUAUUUAGUCGUUAGACUGAAUAGCUUGUAUGAAUCUGGGGCUUCAGAUCACAACAAACAUAUUUUAAUACAAAGCUGCUGAUCUGUGUGUGUCAUGCAUCCUAUGAGGGCCUCAUUGGAUUCGAACUCAGAAUCCAGAAUCAGAUUCCCAGAAUCGGAGAUCACAUGACUCCCAGACAGUCAACAAACAAUGAAACACAACUGGACUCAGCCUCCCAGAAUUCUCCCGGAGGUCACCUGACUCCUCACAUGACUGAGCGUACCUAUCAGCGCUCUAGGUAACUUUUACACAAGGGUCCUAUAUGUUCAAUUCAGCAAAGAAACAGUAAUUGUACAUUAAAAUGUACAAAAGU